GCAGGCUGCUGAAAGGACCCUCAGGCCAGUUAUCAGGGACUCUGCUCAGCGCGAAGGCAGGAGAAUGGAGUAUGAGGAUAUCUAUGAGAACAUGCCGAUGACGGAAGCUGCUCCCCAGCCCAAAGAUCUCCGGGCACAGAGCAAGCUGCAAGCGGUUGAAGAAGCGGUGCAGAAGCUCCAAGUCUUUCUGCAGCCUGACAACGCCUCGGAUGCGUCAGCAAAGGGAUCGGACAGUCUGCAGCUACUGGAUGAAGCGCAGGCAGGAGUCCGGAUGCUGAAAGCCCAGCUGGGUAAUGUCAGUGCAGCACGAGGAGCAGUGCAAGAUGGCUGCAGUGACGUGUGGAAAAAGCUCUCCAGAGGCUGGAGGUUUUACGAUGGGAACUUUUAUUACUUUUCACAAGAAAGGACGUCGUGGGAUGAGGCCGAGCGGUUCUGUGUGUCUCAGGAUUUGCACCUGACCUCUGUCUCCUCCGAGGCAGAACAGCCCUCACCCCAGGCCUCUGGGGCACUUUCGGAGGAGGAAAAUCCCACCCUCCGGCAGGGCUAG